GCAGACUCCUGAGGGACUCUGUGUAACGGUGACUCUUCUUGCUAGAAUAAAUGAGAUUUCAUAGACAAGUUCUGGUUCUUCUAUGUUCGUCAUUUCAGUUUAAAAAGACUCAACAUUGGGUGGGGACACAUUUUUACGUCACCAACGAUACUGAGGAAAUGGAACAUACCACUCUAAAAGGGGUAGGCGGUGCCUUUACCUCUCUGAGAGGGGAAUAGUCCAACGUGAUGUAACCUUUGUAGCUUCAACAAAGAGGCCACAUUAUUGUCCAUUUCUGAGCCCAAAAGAAAAGCUUAUCCAUAAUCCACCCUGGAAUUUAUCAUUUGUUUGUUUUGGUAUUUCAAGCCAACAUCCAAGCACACGAAUGCUCGGAGCUACUUCACGUAAAACAGGUCAAACAUGCCCCCCUCCCACGUAUAUGUAACUUCUCUUCUCUUGUUUGUUGUGUUGAGAAUUUGUCACGGAGGACAUAUCCUGAUUUUCCCUUUAGAGGGAAGCCACUGGGUAAACAUGGAGAUCAUGAUCAAGGCUCUCCACUCUCGAGGACACUCUGUGGACGUGGUACGAACCGAUAAGAGCUGGUCUAUCCAGGAAGACUCUCCGCACUACAGCACCAUCACGGUCCCUGUCACCGAAGCCUUUAAUCACGACUUCAUCAACCCCAUCGUGAGAAAGGUCAUUGACAUAGAAAGGGGGGUGGAGAGCUCAGUGUUGAGCUUUGUACGUUUGCAGGCUGAGAUGUUCUCCGCCAUGUUUAACGUGAACAGAAUAAUAUGCAAAAUGGCUACAGACAUGUUUGAAGAUAAAGACUUAAUGGACACUUUAAAGGGGAGAAAGUACGACCUGGUCUUAACGGAUCCGGCGUUGGGUGCAGGCAUCAUGUUGGCUCAUGCUCUAAAGGUGCCUAUGGUCUACAAUGUGCGGUUUAUAACUAGCGGAGAGGCACAUAUGGCCGUCGCUCCUUCUCCUUUAUCUUAUGUCCCGCUCACCGGCUCAGGACUGACAGACAACAUGACUUUCAUCCAAAGAGUCAAAAAUCACUUUUUCUCUCUCAUUUGGCAAGUUCAGGACAAACUUUUAAUCAGUUCGCAGUAUCAAGCUGUUUGUGACCGGUUCUUUGGCCCAGAGGUCAGAUAUAUUGAUUUAUUACAAGCAGCAGAUAUUUGGCUCAUUAGAGUGGACUUUGUGUUUGAGUUCCCUCGGCCCACCAUGCCCAACGUGGUCUACAUCGGAGGGUUCCAGUGUAGACCGGCACUACCUCUCCCUGACCACUUGGAGGAGUUCAUGCAGAGCUCUGGAGAGCACGGGGUCAUCGUCAUGUCUCUGGGGACGUUCGUGAACGAGAUUCCUGCUGAAAUAACCAAUGAGAUCGCUGCAGCUUUUGCUAAACUGCCUCAGAAGGUCAUCUGGAGGCAUAAAGGGGGCAGACCGGCCACUCUGGGCAACAACACGCUGAUAGUCGACUGGAUGCCACAGAAUGAUCUUCUGGGACAUCCCAAGAUGAAACUGUUUGUGGCUCACGGAGGAACCAACGGAGUCCAGGAAGCCAUUUAUCACGGAGUCCCAGUCGUGGGUCUGCCGGUGUUUUUCGACCAGUACGACAACCUGCUGCGUCUGCAUGAGAAAGGAGCGGCGAAGCUCUUAACCAUGAAAACCGUGGACAAAGACGACAACUUCCUGAAGGCCGUGCAGGAAGUCCUCCAGGAGCCGUCCUACAGGGAGAACAUGCAGAGGCUCUCCGUGCUGCACAGAGAUCGGCCCAUGAAGCCGCUGGAUGCGGCCCUCUUCUGGAUAGAGUUUGUCAUGAGGCACAAAGGUGCAGCUCACCUGAGAACGGAGGCCUACAUGAUGCCCUGGUACUCCUACCACUCGGUGGACGUGGCUCUGUUCCUGGCUGCAGCCGGGCUGCUCGUGCUUCUGACUGUGUUCCUUGUCAUCAGGUGUUUGUCCACCGCAGUGUGUAGAUAUAAAGUGAAACGUGACUAGGUGUUCAAGGGGAUGUGUGUUUUCCAUCUGUGAUAGAUUUUGGGACUUAUAUAAGACAUUAUGUUAAAUGUAAAUUUAUGCAGCAUUUUAUUUUGAAAUUUGUAAUGAUCCUAUGUGUGUGAACUAAAUGGAUGUUUUUUAUUAUAAACACUACAAGAAAGAUUUGAUUCCCUAUUAUUAGGGAAUAAUAGAAAUGUAUUAAAAUUUUAUUUGUCAGUCGGGAUGUUUCUGUAUUUGACCGUUGACCUAAUUUGUGGAAACAAAAAAUAUAUAUAAAGUGAAAUGUGACUAAUCACAAACUAAAUGGAUGUUUUUCAUUAUGAACACUUCAGAAAAUAUGUCAUGGAAUAAUGGAAAUGUAGUUUUAUUUUAUUUGUCACAGUUGGGAAAUUUCUGUAUUGGACCUUUGACCUAAUUUGAGAUAGGGGCUGAUCAUUCAAGGGUUGUAUGCUUUCCAUCUGUAUUAGAUUGUGUGGCUUAUAUAAUAGAUUUCUUUGUGCAGCAUUUUAUUUAGAAAUUUGAAAAGAUCCUAACUUAGUGAAGUAAAUGAAUGUUUUUCAUCAUGAAAACUACAAGAUUUUAGGGAAUAAUGGAAAUGUAGCUUUGAUGUGGUUCUGUCCUUUUUGGCUUUUCUCCCUCUUGUGGUUUUCAGAUGUCUUGAAAAACAUUUGAAAAGAAAAAAUAAAUAAAAAAAUGUCAAGAAACUAUAAACUGUAACUACUUAAAAAAAAAUGUUUUUUACAAUGUCAAAUUUGGAACUUAAUUUUUUUUUAACAACAAAAAGGAAAUGUUUCUUAAAAAUACAACCUAAAAACAGGUA